AAUCCCAUCCUAAAUCCUCCGCUACGUAAUCGCUGACCCGGAGCUAGAGCUACUACGACGACGGCGACGGGGAGUGCGCAGUGACGCGACGAGCUACGCGGAGACAGUGCUACUCCGAGAAAAGCAAGGCGAGAGACACACCCGGUCAGGUCUCCCCUGGACUCCUCUAGAGCAAACACCAGGCAGAGCCAACUCGAAUCAAAGAGAGAGAAGGGCAGAGUUUCCAAUCGGCGGGAGGGGCCGCUUCACUCUGGCCGGAGCCGGAGGGAAUUCGCUCAUCCAUUCAUCCCGCGACCAGUUUGCAAGACUGUGUACACCUGUCCUGUUGUCCAGUAGACGAGAAACAGAGCAAAUACGCUGGCAAAAGACAAAAAGUCCUCUUGGAUGGCCAGAAGAAAACCUCGUGGAUUUCAUCGACUGCACAUAUAGUUCUUGGCUCCUUAACUGGCAAUUAGAAACAUCGCUGGGACAGGAACUUGAGACGCUCUUCUUGUUUAAUCAUGAUGUUUCCUAAGCCGUGGUAUAUUUUCCGGAGAGAAAAGUUGCAAAUUCGUCGCCUUUCCCUUUUGUUUGGCUUUAUGCCUAUAUGGAAAUCCAAUAAGGUUAGGUGGAACAGUUGCUGAAUAAUUGCAGGGAUGAAAAAGUCAACCUGGCAAUGGAUGACGAUCAUAGCCAUAUAGAAACAUGUCAUAGUUCUCUGAAAAAAAAACUCCUGAGCUGGCUGCUCUGUUCGUAAUACUAUACCUUCAGUCAAGCCAUGAAAAACACAUAAUGUUAAUUUUUGGACUCUGAUAAGUGUUACAAGUGUGGUGCGGAGCAAUUCCAUCCCGACGUUUUUUGAUGGUAGUUACCCAAGGAUGGCAACUUUAUGUUUAGAUGGCAAGUUUCAGUUUUUUGGGGUUUUCUUUUUCGGAUGGCAACUUUAGAGUAAAAAAACGUCAGGGCGGUGUUACUUCGUGCCACACGUGUGGCACUUAUCAUUUGGAUAUUUUUUUUGAAAAUUGGCAAAUACUCUACAACACUUGACACUUGAGUUCGUUCUCACAGCUUAUUUUCUCUGUAAUGUGGAGGCUUUGGUUUGUCUCAUGUACUUCUCUGGCUUUGGUUUGUCUCUGGCUUUGCCUUCACCUUCUAUAAGCUUUGCCCUCUUUUUGUUUGAAAUUUCUUCAGGAGGAAUAUCCUGUCAAAAAAGCUAAUCCUGCUGAACACAAUAACGCGAAACAAUUUCUGCAGAGUCAGUGAUUUCUCUGCUAGCAUGGAAACACCCGAUAGCACUCACCACAGCGUCGCAAGCGUGCAGGAUGCUGGAGAGCCUGCACCAGUUCUUGCAGAAAAUCCAGACCCAUCCUUGGAGAUUCAAGAAAAGUUACCUCACAACUUGACAGGGCACAAGGAGAACUUGACAGAGCACCAUAUAGGGCAUAGUGUACCUGCAUCACCUGAAAUGUUCCCGCGCUCGGUUCCAGCUCAAGUAUCCAACAAUUCCUUGACCGAAAAGACAGAUGAUGCAACUUCCACAAAUAACAGUGAAAAAGUGAACAAUAUACCUCAUAAUGGUUCAUGCAGUGACAGUACCAUGGUAACAAGUGAAAGCAAAUCUAACGGGCACAAUCCGGAUCAUCGAGCGAACAUUGCCGCCACCCCAAAUAAGGGAGCAGAAACUGAAAGCAGACCAUACAAAGGCCUUGUUGACACUGCUGCACCAUUUGAGUCUGUUAAAGAUGCUGUCACCAAGUUUGGAGGAAUCGUUGACUGGAAAGCAUACAGAACCCACACAUUGGAGAGACGCGGGGCUAUGCAACUUGAACUUGAGAAGGUUAAACAAGACAUUCCACAAGUCAAAGGAAGUUCAGAAACUGCUGAAAUGGCAAGAUCGCAAGUGGUCGAGGAGCUAGAGACCACCAAAAGGCUUGUAGAGGAGCUGAAGCACAAGCUGGAGAGAGCAGAGGUUGAACUGGAGCAAUCAAAGCAGGAUUCUGAACUUGCACAGCUCAGGGCACAAGAAAUGGAGCGGGGGAUCGACAAUGGGGCCAGUGUAGUAGCUCAAACAGAGUUGGCAGUAGCCAAAGAAAGGCAUCAAAAGGCUAUUGAGGAACUGAAGAUGGUCAAGGAGGGAUUAGGAUCAACACAAGAACAGUACACCACCUUAGUAACUGAAAGGGAUGCAGCAACCAAAAGAGCAGAGGAAGCUGCUUCUGCUGCGAAGGAGACAGAGAAGCGGGUCGAGGAGCUUACUCUAGAACUAUUCGCAUCCAGAGAAUCUCUUGAGUUGGCGCACGCCGCGCACCACGACGCAGAAGAGCACAGGCUUGGAGCAGCCUUGGCAAAGGAGCAGGAUUGCCUGGCCUGGGAGAGGGAACUGCAGCAGGCGAAGGAGGAGCUGCGGCAACUCGAUGAGCAAAUCCUAUCGAAAACUUCUGCGCAGUCCAAACUUGAUGGAAACAAGGGCAUUUUUCUUAGGCUCAGUGCUGAUCUGGCUGCCUAUAUGGCAAACAAAUCAAGCGAAGAAGAUGGAGCAGUUGAGGAGCAUGGUUCUGAGGAAGAUAGAGAAAUGAGUAGGUCAAUCAAGCAAGCUCUAGCAUCGGCCAGAGUGGAGCUUGAGGAUGUUAGAGGAAACAUAGCAAAAGCAAAUGAUGAAGCCAACCUAAUACGAGCUGUUGCAGAAUCACUGAGGACAGAGCUGGAUAAGGAGAAAGCCUCACUUGUUACAUUGCAGCAGAGGGAGAGCAUGGCGUCCAUCACACUCUCUUCUCUAGAAGCCGAGCUCAGUAGAACAAAACAAGAGAUAGAAAUGGCGUACACCAAGGAAGCAGAAAGCAGAGCAAAAAUGGCAGACAUUCCAAAAAUGCUGCAGCGAGCAGCCCAGGAGGCAGACGAUGCCAAGGUGGCAGCACAUUCUGCACGAGAAGAUCUGAGGAAAUCCAAGGAAGAAACCGAGCAAGCCAAGGCCGCUGCCACGACUGCGGAGGUCAGGCUACGCGCAGCUUUGAAAGAAAUAGAGGCGUCUAAGGCAUCCGAGAGGCUGGCACUAGUGGCAGCCCAAGCGCUGCAAGAGAGUGAGGAGGCUACAAGCUCUGAAGAUUCUCCGAGAGUGACACUUCCGCUAGGCGAAUACCACCUUCUUAGCAAGAGGGUUCAUGAAGCCGAAGAGCUCGCCAGCGAGAGGGUGGCGGCAUCGUUGGCGCAAAUAGAGCUGGCGAAAGAGUCUGAGUCAAGGAGCCUGGACAGACUUCUUGAAGUGUCCAGGAGUAUGGACCAAAAGAAGGAUGCUCUGAAAAUCGCAUCGCAGAGGGCUGCCAUGGCAGAGGAGGGGAAACUUGGCGCCGAGGCGCAGUUGAGGAAAUGGAGAUCUGAGCAUAAGCAGCUUCGAAAAGCUCAUGAAGCUGCAAAACAUGCAACUAGUCCUUUGAGCACUCCAUUUGCUGGAUACAAGGAGGCCUCUUACCAGGAAAAUAAGGAAGUUCUUACACAACCAAUAUCAUAUAUGUCAGAUAAUAGCAUGGGUGGAUUUGUUUCGGACAAGAAGCUACGCAAAAAGAAGUCAUUCUUCCCCCAAAUGUCCAGCGUUUUCUCUAGAAAGGUGCAGACACAAACAUAAAAAUGAUCAUAUGUACACACACAUCUUGUUUUACAUUGUACAGCGUAAAAUUGUAACUGGUGUAUUAAGUAAAUAAGGUUGUUUUGAGAAGCCUUGCGAUUUGUUGUAGACAACUACAGCUGAGGGCAUACCA